UUUAAAUUUCUUACUGUUACUUACUGUGUUCAAACUAUUACUAUUAGAAUAAGAAGGUUAAACUUAAUGUAGAAAUUAACAAGCGUCGUUUGCACUAAAGUUAAAGAAUUUCCAUGGAACUUUGCAAAAUGAUUAAAUGAUACAACUUACAACAUACAUGAACUACAACUUAAAAUUUAAAAGAUUUUAUUUUUAAUAGGCUCAUGCUGUUUUAGGUAUAGAUAUGUUGAUAGCAACCUGAAGCUAUUACUAUUAUUAUUAUUGUAUUGUUAGAGACUAUUAUUACUAUUAUAACUAUACAUUAAAAUUAACUUAAUUAAUACUUAUUAUAAUUAUAACUAAUACUUCUACUAUGACACCAUCAUGACAUAUGACUAUGCCCUUUAUGAUAUAUGAUUUAUGAUUAUGACUAUACUAUACUUAUACUGACUAUAACUUAUAAACUUUAUAUAGUAUUAAUUAUUAGACUACCUCUACUUAAAAAAAAAAAGUACUACUACCUACUUAACUCUGCUACUACUAGUAACUAGACUAGACUAUCAAAUUUGACUUAGGUAAGCCUAUUUCAAUUAUAAUAAAUAGCUUUUGUUUAUUUGUAUGCUGUAGGCUAUAUAUAUAUAGUUAUAUAGGAGGUCCCAGCUAAAACUGAGGACGGCUUCCACAGCGUCUUUUGUGUGUUUAUUAUUAGUUGCAGUGAAUUAGUAAUUAGGGUUUAUGCUUAGGUUAGGUUGAGGGAUCGAUUUAGGGUUCAGGUUAGGCAUAGGGAUUGAUUUAGGGUUCAGGUUAGGCAUAGGAGGGAUCGAAUUUAGGGAUACAUUCGUGAAAUUCGAUAAAAUAGUGGCAGUUGUCCCCGUUUUUUACCGAAGUCCCUACUAUUAGGGCCUACCAGUGCUUUUUUUGUGCCGGUACACACCGGUUUGGAGUACCAGCACCUUUUUCAACGUGGGGAAAAAAGUAUUACUUUUCUUGUAUUUUAACGUUUAUUAUUAAUUUAUUAUAUUAUUAAUUUGUUAACAUUGAAUUAUUUUAAAAUUGCAUGCAAAUAAGAAUUAAAAUAUAAAAUUCGAAACUGCUUUCCGCAUACAGUUGUAAUAUUACGUCAUUGGUUAUUAACCUAUUUCCGGUCAUGGUUGUUUCAAAAUUUGAAUGGAAUAAUUAAGACUUAAAGAAAUUAAAACGAGCGCAGUUAGAAAUUGAUAAUUUAAGUACAGUAAUAAUUAUUUCUUAGCCCACUUUGGAAAUGAAGAAAAUUUCUGAAUUCUUUUCGCAUUCAAUCGAUGUUCCGACUGGGACUUUACCGGUAAGUAAGAAAAACAGACUGACUGAAGAAAUAACGGCAGAAGCCAAUGUCACAGAAGAAACCCUAAUGGAACUAUCGGAACCAAAGCCGUCAGAUAUCGUUCUUGGUUCCUCUUUUACUUUUGAACAACUGCAGCCUGCAGAUGUUGAUUGGCCUACCUGCUGGGCUUUCGAUCAAAGAAAUUAUUUCCUUGUGAAAUAUGAUUGGCUAUCUAUCCAUAAUAAAAAACUUGGUUGUAUCGCUUGCCGAAAAGUUGGCAAUCUCGGAGUCGAGGCAAAGAUGGGAAUGAAGGUAUCGAACGAAUGGGCCGACAAUAAAAUAACUUACUUCGGUACUAAUCGACAACAACAGCUUAUGUCUUUAACUCAUUCCCUCCGGCAGCGCUGCUUCCGGACUUAAUUUAUUUUCCUGAGAAAAGGGAAGCAACUCAGUUUUGAAAUUGAUAUAUAUUUUUAAAAUAUUUUUUUUAAGUUGCUAAAUAUUAUUUAAUGUUAAUGAAUUAAGAACAAAUGCAACAAAAAAUGAAUAAGGUUUAAUAUAAAUAUAACAUUAGCGGGGGAAAAAUAACGAACAAUGGCCAAAAAAAUCGAUUUUCGGCACCUCCGACGAACACGUGGUACAUAUAGACGCGCCGUACUAAAGCACACGUAGUUUUAAAGUGAAACAAGAUAAAAACUUCCGGUUUCUAAAUUAAAAUCACGCAGAAAUCACGCCAUAGCCGGAAAUCUCGAGGGGUGCGAGAUUUCAUUGCUAUUUUUAACUAAAAAUAAGAGAGGUGUGUCGCUAUGCGCCGGGAAGCAUUUGGACGCAUCAGUAGGAACCCCCCGAGGACGCAUUUAGUCGCAACCGUCGGGAAUGAGUUAAGAAAGAAAUUAUUCGAUCAUAAAGAAACUGCGGCACACAAAGCUGCGCUUAAGAUCCUAACAGAAGCAGAGGCAGCACCUAUUGAGAAAGUGUUGUUAAAGGCAUUAACUCUUGAUAAAAUCGUAACUGCAAAGAUUUUUCGUACAGCAUAUAAAGUAGCCAAAGAAAACCUAUCGUUUCAUAAUUUCGAAUCUGAAAUAGAUUUGCAAGAACUAAACGGAGUUGAGAUGGGCCGUAUUCUUCAUUCAACCAAUGCUUGCAUAAAUGUAGUGAAUCACAUUAGUUGUGAAAUGAGAAAAAAAUUGUUACAAGAAAUUGUACGGUCGAACAAUAGAAUUUCAUUGAUCAUCGAAGAAUCAACUACGCUUAGCCAAAAAUCGACUUUAAUUGUGUAUAUUCGUGUUUGUCUUGCAGACAGUGGAAUGACCUCACCAGUAAAUUUAUUCUUGGAUUUGGUAGAACUCGAAAGUGUAACCUCAAAUGGAAUUUUUGCUUCUUUACUACACUGCCUUCAUUUCUAUGGGUUAACAGAAGACUUUCUAAGAAAGAACUUAGUUUCUCUUGCAUGUGAUGGAGCAGCUGUGAUGUUGGGAAGCAAAAGUGGCGUCAAGACAUUGCUAAAAGAAAAGUUUCCAUCAGUUCUGGUUUGGCAUUGUGCAAAUCACCGACUGGAACUCUCCUUUGAUGAUGUCGUUAAACAAGUUUCAGGGAUCAACAGAUUUAAGGCAUUCAUUGAUAAACUGUAUGUAUUUUAUCAUUCUUCACCCAAAAAUUGCAGAGAAUAGCAAAUAUGUGCUAGUUUGUUAGAUGCUGAGUUGUUAAAAAUUGGAAGAAUGUUAAGCACGCGAUGGGUGGCAUCCAGCUUCCGUUAUGUUUUAGCAGUUUGGGAAGAUUUUGAAGUUUUGGUACAACAUUUUGAAGAAGCAAAACUUGACUCAACCAGAGACAAAAAAGAUAAAUGCAUGUAUGAAGGUUUGCAGUGAAAGAUUACUUCUACUGAAUUUGUACUAGACCUCGGAUUGAUAUGCGAUGUGCUCCAAGAAUUGUCAGAGUUAAGUUUGGAUUUUCAAGAGCGCAACAUAGUCAUCUACAGAGCAGAUAAAAAAAUCACGGCUGUUAUACAGAUUUUUGAAGAAAGGCAAAUUAUUCCAGGCCCCUAUUAUAAAAUUGCGGCCACUGCUGUAGAUAGUAACCUUUUCAAAGGAGUUUGACUUCACUCCAAAAACUGUACCAGUGAUCCACCAAUUGACGUAAAAGCUUUUUACAAAAAACUACAAGAAUCAAUUGAACAAAGGUUGCUUUCUAGUGAAGAUGCUGAGUUGGCAUAUUGGGCUCGAGUGCUCGAUACAAAGCAAUGGCCGGGCAACAUUGGUACUCACUUAACAUUUGGCGAAACAGAAAAGAGAAACUUGUCAACAAGAUUGCAAUUAAACGAAAGAAUAAUGAUUCGCGGAUUUCGUGAAUAUCUCAUCAAAAAAAACAUUCCGGAUAAACUACUUCCUUUGCAAAUUGCUCUCAGUACAAUCCCAAUUUCUUCAAGUGAAGCCGAAAGAGGAUUUUCGCAAAUGAAUCUUAUCAUCACCCCGACAAGAAGUUCAUUGAUGACAACAACUGUAUCUUCACUGUUACUUAUCAGAUUAGUUGGACCACCACUUGUACGUUUUGACCCUACAAGAUACGUUGAUUCAUGGUUGCUUAGAGGCAGACAUUCAGUCACAGAUACCAACAGCAAAGAACGCAGUCCGGAAAUGUCAGAUGAGAACUUGAUCAAACUUUGGAAUUUAUUAUGAAUAAUUUACCCGGUAUUCAACAUUUAUAUUUCAUUUUUAACAGGGUUCUUUCCUAUAAAACACAAGAGAACUUAACACAAUUUUUUUUAAGUAAAUCAAGAAUAACUUGAAUAAGUUGUUAGUUAAAUUUUACAAAUCAUAAAAAAUGUAUACGUUAUACUUAUAAAGUAAUAAUAAAACAAUUUAAGUUGGUUAAUUAUAAAAUAAAAUUGUUUUAGACAUUUAGUAUCUUUGCAGUUGUGAUUUAGCUUGCAUCGAGGUGCGAACUGGUAGUUAAACGUUAGCCAAUCCAUCACUGAGUACCGGCACCUAUUUUUUUUUACAAAAAAAGCACUGGGGCCUACCAUUACUAUCAGAUUAGUAUUAGCUUAGGUAUUGUAUAUCUUGCUGAAGCUGUGUUUUUUUUUAUAGUUAUAACAAAAUAUUUAUAAUUUGUCUAAACUUUUUUUUCUGUUGUAUUUGAAUUUGAGUGGUGACCAUUAUUCGAAAUUGACAUAAUAAAUUAAGUAAUUGAUAAUUGGUUGACGAGAUUGAAAUUUUAUUUUAAAAACAAAUAAAGUUCAGUUUUCUAUUUGAUCUGCCUUAUAACAUAUUAUCCCUAUGCCCUAUAAUGCCUAUAUAUAUUAGACACAUUUACUGUACAAAAAAUGAAUAAUAAAUAAAUUUUAUAUAUUUAUAUGUGUACCGGGGUAUAUGUAUAUAUAUAUAAUUAUAUAUAUAUUAUAUAUAUAUUAUAUAGGCUAUACCAUAUAUAAUAUAUACACCAACACAUAUUUUAGCGUCUAUACCAGGGGUCACCCAACUUUUUUCACCGCUGGCCAGAUAGUUGAGAUAGCGGAUAAAAUUACAAGCAUGGUCUGUAUAAUCAUUAUUUGCAAUACUUGCAAGCCAGAAUGAAAGCUCUAGGGAAAAAAGACGAAAAACUAGUUUUAAUAUUCCAUGUUAAUGAUGGGUGAGUAGCGUGCACAAUGUACAAAAAACAAAGAUAUCCAACAUAUUUAUUUACUAAAAUGUUAUCAAAGAAGGUGACGUUAGCUAAAAGAAUCUCACAAACUAAGAAAAAAAUGGUUAGUGAGACUUGUGAAACUGAUGUUUGGCUUUCAAGAUAUCAUCUGAAUCAUCAAUGCAUGGUUAGAAAUGCUACAUCCAAUCAAAAGAAUUGGUUUCGAAUGUUCAUCAAUCCAGGAAGGCAGUAUUCCAAAGAAUCUGCUGUAUGGAGAGUUGGCAAGAUGUAUUGGACGACCGUGGCUGCAAUUUAAGGACAUUUUCAAAAGGAGCAUGAGGGAAGCCAACAUAGAAAUCGACCUAUGGGAGAUCAUCACUGAGCACAGUUCCAGCUGGCCAACAGCAGUAUAUGAAUGAGUAAAAAAAGACAUUAGAUUCGUGAAACGAAGCCCUUGCAACAAAAAGAGAAGUACAGAAGACCAAAUCUAAACAGAAGUCAAGGUUCUCACUUGAGAAGUGCAGCUGAGACUGCCAUUCCAGGAUCUGGUUCAUAAGCCUUUUGAUGAUGUGUUAAUAGCUACUCUAUCGACUCGCGAAGACAGAAUUAUGCCAUGCCCGUGGCGAAAUUUUGAAACUUAUCCACCGGUUCGUGGCACCUUAAAGAUUUGGGAAACUUUCAUUGAUUGUUUAUCAUGACAACGGCAUGGACCUUUUAUAACUAGUGUUUGGCAAUGUGGGGAAACAAAAUGAUUAAAUUAAAGUUAUUACAGGAUGGAAAAGCAAGUAAAUUUCUUAAAAAACAAACUAAAAAAACGAGUCUCUUACUCUUACAUUUUUGUUAAUGCCAAUUAUUUAUAAUUACCGGUACAAAUGUUAUUAUUAAAUUUAAGGUUGUGUGCCAAAUUUAAGUUCUUCUAUGGGGCACAGCUUUUUUAUAUUUUCUCGUGGGCUUGUUUCUUACUUAACAAUUUGUUCCGAUUUUGAGACAUGCACAGCAGAGCCGUCAUGCUUCUUUACCAUUUAGAGACUCAUGCUACUUUUUGGCUUUGUCUUAGUACUACCAGCAUUCAUAGAUGAUAGUUGAUUAUUUUUACACCACAGCUAUGGCCCCCUCAAAUAUUCAAAGUCACCUUCAACUGAAGGAGUUGCAGAAUCCACAUGAUGGCUCUGCAUGUCUCUAAAAAUUAGCCUUUUAUUAUGACCACCCACCUUUUCCAUUUUUAUUCUAGAUAGAGCAGCACAAACUUUUUUUUUUUUGAAUUCCCAAAUGUAAACUUAGCAAUAGAAAAUUAAUAUUUGAAUCACUAUGAAAAAUGAGCAUGAUAACAAUCAAUAGUUCUCUGAUGCAUAAGCUUCAUUUGUUAAGGGGCUUGAAAACAUUUAAGUAGGCCUAUUGCCAAUUAUGUGCUUUAUUUAAAAAUAUUAGUCAAAACCCAUUUUUAAAAAAAGUUUUGUGCAUAUAGUUGCAUAUGUUUAUGGCGUAAAAAGGAUAUGUAAGGAUAAAUAUCUAUCCUAUACAAAACAAAAAUAAAAAAUGUGUAUACAUACUUAAUUUUUUAUUUGUUGAAUGAAUUCCUCAAAGUAUAAAGUCUAAAUAAAUUACAUCAGGACAAAGUAAGAUUUUAAACAAUUUAAUUUUUAGCAAGAAAAAAAUAUGGAGAUGUGUAGAAGUAGAUUCAAACUUUAAAUAUUUUUAAUGAAACAUACUUGUUUUGGUAAAUGCAAAGAGAAUGCGCCAUGAUUUUUCCCAUGGCCAUAAAAAUAAGGAAUAAUAUUUAUAGCCAAUACUAGUGAUACUGAUGUGAAUAAUGUGAUUAGUCUCGACCCUAAGCCUUAGACUAAAGCUGACACAUCCAAUGGGCUCAAUGGCAUGGCUAUAAAUAAUAUUCCAUAAUUCUAAAUCUAAGCAUUAGUUUACACUCAGCAAUCACUGCAGCAGUGAAUUUUAAUCUGCCUGUGUGUCUUUGUUUUAAAACCAUACCGGUACUAACAGGCUUGAGUUUGAGCCUAUGCUCUUAAAGUCCCAGUUAGUACAUUGGCAACCAGCUCCAUCUGCUGGACUCUCCUAUAUAACAUUGUCAUGAUGUAGGACUUCCUACCACCCUUGUACUUGUAUCCCCUGCACCAUGUGCUACUGACUCCAGGGCCAGUGUGCAGUAUCAGUGCCAGCACAUCGGAUCCCUGUUGUUGUCUAGCCUGUUGAGUAUGCGUUAGUGGUGCAGUGUUUGAUUCUCAAAUGAGUCAACAGACUCUGAUUUCAGCAUCCCCGUUUCCACCUGGGGUCUUGUCUGCUAGGAAGCAAUAGGUGUUAUUGAAUACACCUCUGGCCUUCGUGCUUUAUGCCUAUUGCCCUUUGUUCCAAAAAUCUCUGCCAGUUAGUUUUUGAUACAGGGAUAGUGAGUGGUGUUACUGGUUUGGACUGGUCAGCCCCGGUUUUUGCCAGAGUGUCCGCGUUUUCAUUGCCCUUCACGUUAUUGUGGCUUGAUACCCAUUGCACUGUUAUCUUACCUCAGAUUUUCUUGAUCUUACCCAUGCCAUCCAAUCUGACGUCAAUCAAGUAGGUGUUUGUGCUGUCUUAUUCAAGUUCUCGAAAGCAGAUACCCUAUUGAAUUGGAUAAAUCACAAAGUCAAGUCUCUCAAACUCCAACCUCUGCAGCGUACUUUGCACACUUUCCAGUGCCUUGUGAAAAGGCUCCAACUCUGCAUCGAAAUUCAACGCUGCAGUCCCACAGGGCCCUGAACGUUCAUUAUUAGUUGGCACUCCAAUUGGAAAAACCCAAAACCCACAACCAGUGGGCACUCUUCUCUACAAUCAACCCCUUCAGUAUCCUGCAUACGCUGAUGACAUAGCACUGUGAAGGAAAAGUAUUAAAGACGUAUCAAAGCUUAUAUUAAAUUAGAAGACGCAUCACUACACGCAGGGCUUGAGGUUGUCAACCAAAAAACAAAAUAUAUGACUAUGAUAAGAGAAAAACAGACUGAUAAAGCCAUUAAAAUUAGAAACCAGACUUUUGAAAAAGUAAAUCAAUUCAAAUACCUAGGAUCUUUAUUAAAUAAAAGAAAAUGAAUUACUAACAGAAAUAAAAGUAAGAAUAUCAGCUGGAAACAGGGAAUAUGUCAGUAGGUAGUCAGAAAAUACUCAAAAGCAAAAACAUUACAAGGAAAACUAUUUAUAAAACUGUAAUCAGGUAAGAUACGCAAGUGAAACUCAGACAAUAACAAAACAGCAGAAAACCUAUUCAAUACAUAGGAGAGAAAAUUUCUCUUGAAAAUAUGUGGAACAGCAAAGGAUGAAUAUGGAUGUAGAAUAUAAACAAACCAGGAAUUGCAGUCUAUGUCAGGAUCCCAUGCAGAAAUAAAAAAGGGUAGGCUAUGCUGGACAGGACACUUAUAAAGAAUGCAAAAUGACAGUGGAGUAAAGAGGAUACAUCAACAAAACUCCAGAGGAAAACGGCUCAAACUCGAAGGCAGACCUAGGCUUAGAUGGAUGGAUGAUGUGGAAAAAGAUCUACAGCAGCUGGGAAUCCAAGCAUGGAAAAGAAAAGCAUUAGUUAGGUCCAAGUGGAAGUAGCGAGGCAGGCCAAAGCCGUACAUGGGCUGUAGCACCACAGGGAUGGAUCCUUACUCCACAAUUCUUUCUCUGAAUUUGGUGGAUCCGUUCGGAAAAUCUUUCACCGUGGUUUCCCCAAACCCUUCAAUUGUCUCCAAGGGCUGCCACUUUCUAAACAUGUGACAGGCCUGCGUUUUGUCAAUGCUGUGUCAUGCAUUCAAAGCCAAACAUUUUCACUACUAAGAUGUCUAGUAAGAAAAAAUUAAUAAAUUUCUUUGAAGCAGGCUUCAAAUAUUAAGAAAUAAUAAUGGUCAAUGUGAAUGCUACAUUAUUUAUGUUCAGUUAUGUCACAUUUAUAUAUAAUAUAUAUAGACAUUGGUGCCACCCUACUUCAAAAUUACCUAUAUAAUAAUAUAUAACUAUGUGUACUUAUAAAUGGGGAUUUUAAUUUCUGCUGAUAUCAAUAGGGUGUGGUAUGGUCAGAUAUGCAAAGCAUUUGAGAGCUGCUUACCAAUUUUAAUAAAUUUUAUACAUUUUUUAUCUUUUAAAAAAAGUAUUUUUAUUUAUUAGUAAUAAUAAAGAUAGAUUUACUAUUGGUGUAUUUUUAUUUUUAAAAGAUCUGGAUAUUUUAUUAUUUUUGUUUAUGUAUCAUCAUGUAAAUCAAAAACCAAUUACUAGUUUUUAAACCAACAACCAGAAAUCUAUUUAUCAUUUAACAUCCUCUACUGGUAUUAUAAAUUAUGUACUCCAACCUAAAUUGUUAGUACCGGUAGUAAACUAGUAAGUAAUGAAAACAGAACAUCAAACUUGUUUUGUUUUUUUUAAAUUCUCCUGUUUUACCAAUAAUAUAAUGUUUCUCUAAACUGAUUUCAUUAUUGAGAUUUUUUUUAUUUAAAAGGUUUAAAUGUAUCAGUUCGCAAGAAACUAUGGUCAUUAUGGCUGGUUGCUGGGGGCUGUUGGUGCCACUGUCACAACUAUGUAUCCCCAUACCUUUGGCCUUGAAUAUCAAAAAGAACAAUUGACAAGUCAUUCACAUGGAAAACCUGCUGCGGUGGAUAGCGAGGUUCUCUAUUUAGCCGAGGAGGUAGGUUAUAAAAAUAGUUUAUUUUUAGUUUCAGUAUAUGUAAUUACGGGUACCCGUACAGAGAGUUCUUUGUCAACGCUACAUGCCUUGAAAUUAAUAUGGUAUUUUAAUAACUUGAAAAUCAACAUGAAAAUGAAAUGAAGUAAGCUGUAACUUUUCCAAAAUUAUUUUUCCAUAAAGUGAUGAUUUUUAUUAUUACAGAUAAAACAGGAUCUGAAUAUAAAAGAAAAUGCUUUUGUGAAGCAUAACCUGCUUGACUUUGUUCAAACAGAUAGACCGGAUUUCACCACUAAAGGCUUUAUGUCUACGAAAUGGGGUGCAGUUGUGGGAGUUCCAAUAUUUUUUUCAUCCCAGUCUUUCGAAAAAGCUAAUGAAAACAGUAAAAUCUUCAAUUUAGAUUUGAGUACUGUGGAAGGACAAAAGAUUAUGGAAACUUUCAGAUUAAGUAGAGCUGCUAAAAAGUUUGCAUUAGCUAGAGAAAUUAAUAAGUCAAAUUCUAAUAAAGUUUAUGUUGACUCAGCUGGUUUGGGUUUAGCUAUUACUAGUUUUUAUGUGAUAGCAGAUUCACUUGCAAAUUUGUUCUCUAUCAGAGGAGCUAAAGUAUUAUCAUUUCUUACCAUGGCUCCUUUAUUUACAGUGUGUUAUAUCAAAAUGAAUGAUAAGUAUAACAAUUACUUUGAAAAGAAUUGUGACAAAAAGGCUGCGAGAAUUGAUAGGGAAACAGCAUGUGGUGGAAUUGAGUACUACACUGCUCUUAUUACCAGAAAAGAACUUCUUCAAAAUUUAGGGAAAGAUAAUGUACCUGAGAAAAAAGAUAUUAUAUUUGGUGAAAAGUGGCGAAAGUAUGACAUGACCUUGUCUGAGAAAAAGACCUUUUUAAUUCGAACCAUUAAAGAGUAUUAUCCUGAUGAAGAAUUUGUUGAAUAACAGGUGUUAAAAUAGAUUUGUUAAGGUUUAAAUCUAACUAAUGCAAGCCAAAAAAAGCAUAAAAAUUAAUGUUAGAGAAAAUUUGAAAAGAAGAAUAUCAUACAUUUAAAUUAUUUUAUAAUUUAGGCUUACACAAAAAUUAUUCUUCAUUAUUUAGGAUAUGUGCAUAAAAUUGUAUUGUAAUAUCUUGGAGGACAUAAAAAUGUUUUCUCCCUGAACUUCAUUAGGAAAGUAAAAUAAAAAUUAUAAAACACUUGUUUGUGACUUCCUUAU